GCGCCUAUAUACUAGCGCCUUUGGACCCAAUCAUUAUUGUUUCCUCCCUCGGCUUGGCUUGGCUUUCCUCCAAGAUCUCUUUCUCUCUAGCUAGCAAGAGGAAGGUCGUUAUGGCGGCUGUGGUGGAGGGGGAUAGCAUUAACAGCAGCAACAUGUUGAGCUGGGUGGCGUCGGGGGUGGUGCUGUGGUCGACGGCGUUCGUGUUCGUGCGGGCGCUGUUCCCGAAGCGCUCCUACGACUUCUGCAACCGCGCCGUCUCCACCAUGCACGCCGUCUCCGCCGUCUGCCUCGCCUGCCUCUCCGUCGACAGCUGGUCCUGCCCGGUCUGCCCGCUCGCCGCCGCAUCCUCCCCGAGCCAGAUGAAGGCGCUGGCGGUGACGCUGUCGUACAUGGUGUACGACGCGGCGUGCUGCCACCUCAACGGCGACGUGCGGCUGGACAACACCGUGCACCACCUCGUCAGCAUCGUCGGCAUCGGCGCCGGCCUCGCCUACCAGAGGUGCGGGACGGAGAUGGUGGCGAGCCUGUUCGUCACGGAGAUCUCGAGCCCGCUGCUACACCUCCGGGAGAUGCUCAAGGAGUUCGGCGUCAGGGACACCGACCUCAACCUCCUCGUCGACGUGCUCUUCGCCGUCACCUUCUCCGUGGCGCGGAUGGGGUUCGGGCUCUACCUCACCUACGUCACCGUGACGGCGGACAACCCGAUCCUCAUCAAGGCGAUGGCGACGGGGCUGCAGCUGGUGAGCGCCUACUGGUUCCUGCGGAUCCUCAGGAUGGUCAGGUACAAGCUCGGGAAGAAGAAGCCACUGUCGCCGCCAGCUGAUCUCAAGUGAUCGCGCGCCGGCGACCAGCGGGGGAUUGUCCCAGCUCAAGUAGGCAACGCAAAGCGGAGUAGAAAUUCGAGACCGUCCGUGUACAUAUAUACCCGCGUCCGCGCAGUUCUUGCCUCUGAAGGUGAUCGUCAAGAUCUGAUCAUGUAGCAUGUUGUUUCCAUUGGCAAGGAUGUAGCAGACUGGUGGUGCGUGUACUCGAGCAAUUGUUAUUAGCGCACAAUUGUCC